AUGGAUGUCGACGCGUCUGCUCCUCCCUUGACACUGUCGCCGUCUGCUCGUUCGCAUUCUGCACCCGCCGCCCCCGUCUUGUCGCGUCCAAAGCAUUUUUCGUGGAACCCCACCGACGCCGCUCACCUGCAGCCUUCACGCAUCACAAUCACUCGUCUUUAUCAACGCGCGACAAAGGCCCCAUACCACCACCUACACUCCCAACCUCGUCUCGCCCAACCCACUGUUCCAAAAUCUCCAGGCCCGCGGAAGAAGAAACCGUGCGUGGGCCUCGAUGCUGCUUCGGACCCCUUGCACCCACGACACUCGUUCUCUGAUGACACUGACACCGAGCAUGCCAACCCCGUCUCUCUCCAAGACUUACGCUCCUCGUCAGCUCCCCCAGAGGACACUAACACCCCCGACGCCGUUUCAGUGCCUAGGAUAUCAGACGAUACUGCCAUCCUCCAUGCCUUCCUCAGCCGCGCCGCUGCAAGCAAACGAUCUAUGCCCGUUCACAGACGCGAAUCCCUCGAGAAUCGCAGAGACUCGGACGCUGUGCGCCAUGCCCUUGCUUCAUCCGACAAGCCCGAAGCCUUGACCGAUCUCGAUCCAGCCAGUCCUCUGUUGUCCUCAGAUCUUAUGUCAGAUGUACAAGACGCCGAGCCAGAACCCGAACCUGUCAAAGACGAUCCCAUUCCUGAAGUGCCAACAUCGACACCGACUAGAUCCAAAGCACCGAGAAGGACGACGCGUACGCGCACACCAGCUGCUGCCCCGAAAAAGCCAGCCAAGAUCGCCAUUAGAAGUGCAGCUGAUCACAUUGCGCUGAAGAGAACGGAAGCACAGGAGUUGGCUUUGCUAACGCGAGCCAACACGCGCAAGAACAAGGGCAAGAGUCUCAUGCCUCAAGCAAGGCUAUUGGUUGUCGGAGAUGAGAUUGUUUCACCCGAGGACUCGACCGGGGAUUUGGCUGAAGUGGAUGCAGUCGAAAAUGUGCAAAGCGACAAGCCAGAAGUACGCAGAAGUGUGCAAUGGAACGAGACUCUGACACACGUACGCGAGUUUGAAUCAGACUCGCCCGAUGACCCGCCAAAGACGAAAGCUCGUACUUCAAGGGUGUCUGCCAGAGCCUUGGAACCCUUUGUGCCCCUCACAUCUGCCGAGGAACCGCUCGAAGAGACUGUCGAGACGGAAGUCGACAUUCCUGAGCCCGAAUCACAACCAGCAGUCCAGCCGCCAAGUGAACCGGCACCGCGUGCCAAAACUGUGCCUAUCAAGAGAAAGUCUCGAAUCGCAACUCCUGCGCGUUCUUCUAAGCUUGCUGUACCGAAGCCAGUAUCCACUGCCCCACUACUACAACCACCUACGAUACCCGCACACCAAUCUUCUGAACCUCUGACCACCAGUCUUGGUACACCCAAGAAGCCGCCUACUCCAUUCACCGCACUCAAACCUCCGUCAUUGUCUUCCAGACUCGAAUUCGCUCCCUCGAAAAACGACGUAGCGAGUUCAACAGUUGCUCACACGUCUUCUCUGCCUGGCCUGUCGAGCCCCGCAAAGAAGCGAGUCAGGACCACGCUGGGAAGGGCGGUGAGGCCGGCAACCGGACAAAAGGACAGCGAACUACCAGGCUUGACUUCUCCCGCGAAGAGAAAAAGAGCCGGCGUCAAGCUCUCUUAG